AUGACCUCCCGACAGACUUCGACCAGUCUCAUUGAGACCAGGCAUCUGCGCGUGAGAUAUUAUAGCGCAGCGCGUGUACGCGCAGACACAAGUGCACUCUCUAUUCCUGUCACUCUCAUACUCCGGUGGGACGGCUACUCGACACGACCGGUGAGAGUUAAGGCGCAGGACCGACGGCUUUACGUGCUCUGCCUCGGCACGGGGGUGAAACACCGCCAACUUCCCAACUCCGGGCUGUUACUGAGACUUACUAAACAGAAUGACUUAAUAACAAAACUUGGCCCGACCCGGGACUCGAAUCUAGGACCUCUCGAUGUGCAGCCGUAUAUGCUAGCCACAACAACACCGAGGCAGAGCAUUUUA